AUGCCUCCUCGCCGCAAACCAAUCUCCACGAAACAGAAGAAAGCUGAGCAGCAGCUCAGACGCGCGAUCAAGAGAGGCGAUGUUCCGGCCCCAGAACCUACUAAGAAGCCCCCUCGUAAACGCAAAGGCAGAGUUGGACCCACAGGAAGUCGAAUCGGAGCUCAGGAGACCCCAAAUGCCAACAUUGAGAGCGCCAGACGACUACAAUCUGCCUUCGUAAAGGUCUCUACGGCCUUCUUGGAAGAAACGAAGGUGUUGGCUUCGAACCUAUCUCUCACCCGCCCUGUCCCCGCUUCGAAAGCUAUCUUCGAUGACGCCAACAACGAAGGGGUCGAUACACCUCCCUUAACAUGUCCCAAGCGUCCCAAAUGGCGGUUCGAUAUGACCAAAGACGAAGUCGAGCACAACGAAGAAGGUCUCUUUAAGAAAUGGAUCGCAGAGCAUGACAGUCGAGUCGAGCAAUGGCGUUUGCAACUGGAAGAGCAGCGCAAAGCAACCGGAGCAGAUCAUCCGUCGAUGCCUCCCUCCAUCACCCACUUUGAACGUAACUUGGAAGUGUGGCGGCAACUGUGGCGAGUUACUGAAAUCUCCGAGCUGCUUCUUGUUCUACUCGACUCCCGUUGCCCGACCCUCCAUUAUCCCCCUGCAUUGUCUACAUACUUGGAGAAGAAGAGAGUCGUCCUUGUCCUCACCAAAGUUGACAUAUCUGGACUGGAACGUGUGGAAGCUUGGAAGAGCUAUCUCCACCAAAAGCAUCCUGGACAUCCUAUCGUGGAGGUCGAAUCUUAUGUGGAGAAAGAGGCGACUGCCGUCCACCAAGGCAAAAAACAAUACGAACCCCACAUCCCCACUGUCUUCCGGGAGCGCCUCAUCGCAGCAAUUCGACAGGUCCAUGGAGAGCUGUUAACCCCUCCCGAGCGCGUGCAAAGCGAUCCGGAGAAGCUAAAGAAUUGGGUACCACCAGUUAAAAGCAACAUCGAUUGGACGGCCCUCUUUGAAGCUCGAGGGGAGCAGACCGGACUUCAUGUUGGCAGCUCACAGGCCGACGCUCAGCGCCCGGGUCUUGACGAAGACAACUCUGACGAUGGCUCACAGUCCACCGAUGUUCAUCCUCGCCAGGAACCCGAUUUCCUCACUAUCGGUCUGAUCGGACAACCAAACGUCGGGAAGUCAUCUUUGCUGAAUGCCUUGUUUGGAGCACGCAAGGUUCGAGCCUCCAAGACACCCGGAAAGACGAAACAUUUCCAAACCAUGUUCUGGACUUCAGAUGUUCGUCUAGUCGAUUGUCCUGGGCUAGUUAUGCCCAACUAUACGCCCAUGGAAAUGCAAGUAUUGUCGGGAAUUCUCCCCAUUUCCCGUGUCUCCGCCAUCCCGGCUUGCAUCCAUUAUGCGGCCCAGCUUUUACCCCUGGAGAGGGUGCUGCGCCUUGAGCAUCCCUCCUUGUCAGAACCAGCUGCGGAAGACAAGAGGACCUGGAGAGAAGGUAUGCGCCCUUCCGCCGACAAGCCAGAGAAGAAGCGCUGGACUGCGAUGGAGAUCCUGACAGCGUAUGCAAACGCGAAGGGGUGGGUGACUGCCAAGGCUGGCAGGCCCGAUGUACAUCGUGCGGGAAACGCGAGUAGGUGUUCUAAUCAAGUUUUACCUGUCGAUAUUGGCUCACAGAAUAUGACAGUACUUCGAGCACUUGCAGAGGGACGUAUUCACUGGGCCUUUUGGCCCCCGGGUUCCAAGUUGCCGGAAGAUGACCUCGGGAUCUGGAUACCCCACGAUGUGGAGGAGAGCGAAGCGGAAAGCGAUGAUCAAGAGGACGAUAACCGGGCCGCUGCUUCAGACGCAGAAUCGGAGGCCGAGUCAGCAGAGGACGAAGGGGAAACUGACGAAGAAGAGGAUGCAGGAGAAAGCGGAGCACCAGGGCUAAACGUCGGCAUCGGCAGAUUUGGUGCUCUCUCCAUCGUAGACGACGACGAAUCUGAAGGGUCCGAAGACUAA